CACUACGCUGAGGCUCUGCGCGUCACUAUGCGUAGCUACGCGCUACUACGCCUAUACUGACGAUUUUCUAUAUAGAUAACUUCGUAUUCCCACUAGGUAGAAUCGUCAGUAGUCAAUCUAAGUCAUUCCUGAAGCUUACCAAGUAUCACAUACACUUGAAUCACGAUAUCAACUCUGUUACCUUCAAGACAUUCAUUUACGUUUCCUUAGCUAUCAAUCUAAGUCUUAUAUCUAACCCAUAUAAGGGGAAGGACUCCAAGCCUUCCUGACGAACACUUCAACGUUUUAUUGACACUUGACCCGUAUCGUUUACUGUUUACCUAAAAUCAAGACCCCAGUUACUACACUCUACCGGACCUGAGUGUAGGUUCGUCACAUUUUGAUAGCUCCUUGAUCAGUACCAUUACCGGUCAAGUGUGGCAUGAGCGCCAGCCCCGACGAUAUCCCCUCGCCUUCGCAGACUACAUACAACCCGUCACUCUCAGAAUACUCAUCGGACGAGUCCCCUGAAAACCAACUUUUGGAAGAAGCUAACCAAGUAGAAUAUCAUCCUGACAAACUAGAUCUACCACCUCUCGACUACGUCUUAGGACUGAUAGAUAACAUGGCCCCAGCAGAGACCAGGUCCCAGGCAGGGUCAUCCAAGCCCAAGGAAGAAGUAAAAGAAACUAUCGAGGUUACCAACAAAGGAAAGGGAAAAGCCCAGGAUGACGGAAGAGAUGACGAAGACGAUAUAACCAUACUAAAAAGGAGUAUGAGACAAGCGCACCAAGCUUAUCAGGGGCUUGAGGACGAAAUGAUAGCCCUGCAAAACAAACUAACCAAACUCGAACGAAAGAGAGACGACGAUGAGGAACCUGACCCACGUCCGGUACGGCGAGACACUACGGUCCCACUGCCAUCCGACAAGGGAUUCAGACCUUCUCCGCCACCUAAGUACGAUGGCACUACCGACGUUGAGGACUGGCUUAGCGCAGCCAAGCUCUAUCUGGCCUUCUUUAGAAUCAGCCUUAGCGAAGACGAACACAAGGUCUUGGCAGUCUGUCAACACCUUGAAGGAGACGCACUUGCGUGGCUCCAACCUAUUUUGGACAAUCAUCUGGAUAUGACCCAAGAGGAGUUGGAAGAGUCCAAGUACGUCUUCAGCAAAUACGAGAACUUCGAAGAUAGGAUGAGGUUGAUGUUCGGAAACCCGCUUCCAUACCAGGUAUGGUUCCCGUGCUGUUGGUUCGUAACACUCUUUUAGCCUCGUGCGCGGUAGGUAUUUUGGUAUCCACCCACGCUAAGUCCAGUGUCGAGUCCCUUUGUUCGUGCCUUAAUCAAGUGGUGCGGCCACGUUUUGUUGCGAGACUGAGCUUCUAGCGGCUGGCUAAUUCCA